GUUGCUGCAGUAUUAGCUCUUAUCAUCUUUGUCUCUGAUUUUCUGUACAAGCAUAAGGAUGUCUUGCGCAACACUGAAAUUUCAGUCUGGGAUAGAAUCCUUGAAAUGUUAAAAAUCUUUGAUGAUAGAGAUCCGAACGCGCAUGCCUUCCAAGGAGACUGAAAUAAGAGAGGGAGGCCACAAUGCUGGUGUUCGAAUUAGAGGUGCUAAAGUCCCUGUUGAAGUACCUGCUGAAGUCCCCGCCGAAGCCCCUGUUGAGGCCCCUGCUGAAGCCCCUGAUGAUUUAAGCGGCACAGCAUCCCCAGAAAUAGAAAUUCAUCUUGCUAACACAAACAACUCACCAAAAAGUAGUUCACGCAGACAUUCCCCUAGCUCUAUACUUGUCCAGUGAUAUAGAUAAAGGAUACUAAGCCAAAUAGAAUGUAGCUACCUGUAAAAUCCUUGAAUUUUUAUGCUAAUGGAGGCCUAUAGCUGUAACCACAACAUUUAUAACAAUAUUUCAUAGGACAUUCAAAUUUUAUGAGUACAAAUCUUACAGAUAGCAAACUGAAUUAAAAACAGAAGUCUUGU